CAGUAUUGGCAGAUUGGGAAACAUAGCGUUUGUCUGUGAUAGUUUUCGUUAUAGUUGUCGUACAUCUCAACUUUUUAGAGGCAGAAACUGUAGCCGACAAGUUAUCUUCAAAAAUUGCUCUUUUGUCCGUAGAGACUUGUUAAGUUUCCAGCCCUACUUGUCAAGUAUGACUUUAGAAAGUCAGCAGUGUUACUCCCACUCAUCGGUUUCGUGCCAGUUCGAAGCCUUACCUUCAGCUGUCUCAGAAGUUGAUGAGGACUGCAAGGUUCAAAACCAAGUCUCACAAGUACGCGAUGAUUCUCAUUGGUUUGAAAAUUAUUCCUGCAGUGUCUUAUCUCGUACCUUUUCUGAAAGUGUGAACAGUGAAGAUACAUUGUCUAUUGAGUUGCGACAAGACAAGCAAAGAGAAAAUUUAUCAGCUGACUUAGAACGAAGUGUUGUAGAAGAGUCUCACAAGUCGAGUAGUGGAUAUUCUGUUGUCAAACCAAGUUGUUGCAAAAUGGUGGAAAGUCUUUUGAAAAAUUUGCCCAGUAAGGUGUAUCGAGUGCCAUCGGGAACUGAUCUGGAGUGGAUUGCCAGUAAAUUUAUACAUCGGGGAGAAGAGCAAGCUUUUUAUGUCAUCGAUAUUGGAGCUGUAGAGAAGAAGUACCUCGAGUUUGUCCGUCAACUUCCUCGUGUACAUCCUUAUUUUGCAGUCAAAUGCAAUCCAGAUCCGGUAAUUGUACGUUUACUUGCAGCACUUGGUUGCAACUUCGAUUGUGCGUCGAAAUCGGAGAUUAAACUUGUCAGUGCAUCUGGAGUAUCAGGCGAUCGAGUUAUCUAUGCCAAUCCUUGUAAGCCACAGCAUCAUCUUUCCUACGCAGUGGAAAAGGGAGUUACUUUGGUUACCUUUGAUAAUAGAGAUGAACUAUACAAGUUGCGUCAACUUGGUUCCCAUGUUCGAGCCAUAUUGCGUAUCGCAACUGAAGACGAAGAUUCUUUGUGUCCAUUGAGUUCCAAGUUUGGAGCAUUUAUGGAAGAAGUUCCUAGUCUUUUAAGUAUUGCACAGACACUCAAUGUACGUGUUGUAGGAGUUGCAUUUCAUGUUGGUUCGGGAUGUCGUUGUGUGAAAUCUUAUAUUUCUUCUAUCGAAAAUGCACGUCGAGUUUUUGAUAUAGCUGAAAGCAUGGGAUUGCCUCCCAUGACGAUUUUAGAUAUUGGUGGUGGAUUUCCUGGAUUUGACGGAGAGUCUUCCAUUACUUUUGAGGAAAUUGCGAAAGGAAUUCGAGGACACUUGGACAAACUGUUUCCUGAAGAGCAACAAGUGGAGAUUAUUGCCGAGCCUGGUCGUUAUUUUGUUGGCUCUAGUCAUACUUUGAUGACUCGUGUGAACGGACGUCGACAUCGUUUGCGUGGAGAUGAAGCUGGUUCAAGAGAAGAUUGUGUGGAUUAUUAUAUAGAUGAUGGCGUUUAUGGUUCCUUUAGAGAUGUUUUGACGCUUGGCAUUACUUUUUAUCCCAAUUGUUUUCCUCACUGUUCCAAUCGACGCAUAUUGAAGAGUACUAUCUUUGGUCCAACCUGUGACUCUAUUGAUUGUAUCAUUCGUGAUUAUCCGCUGCGAGAGUUGGAUGUUGGAGAUUGGAUUUAUUUCAAAGAUAUGGGUGCCUACACCAUCAGCUUGGCAAGUAGCUUCAAUGGAUUCCAUAAGCCGUCUUGCAAAUAUAUCUAUGGCAUGUAGUUCAAGUCUUGUUGUGGGGGGAACCAGUCGAUAUUCUAUCUGAUUUGUGUUGUGUUUUUCUCGUAUAGUUCCAUUUUAUUUGUGUCGUUGGAUAAAUGGAAAGUAUUUUUGUUUGGUUGGCGACUAGUUCAUCUCAUGAAGUUUGUAACAUCAA